CUACGCGAUGAUCAUUUUGAAAUGCGGAACUAAGAGUAUGUCAAUGGUCAAGCUUACGGGUUAAAAACGGCCAAAUACAUGUAACAAAAGAAAACGUUUUUCUUUACGGUUCGGUGAUUUAUCUCUAUACCUACCUACGUUUUUCCGUGGAUUAUUGAAUAGUGCAUAAAGUUUCUGCAGAGAAAGUGAUAUAAUCUAUCAAAUCGUUUUAAUUACCUGCUUAAUAAUUGUUUGAAAUAUAAGCAAAUGAAAAAUCGAUGAUAUGGAUACCUUUACUACAGCAUCAUCUAGAAUAAUGUUUACAAAUUCUACUUUACCAGAAACUGAAUGUUUUUGUUUUUUAAUUUAAAGCUUUUUAGCUUAUUUUAAAGAAAUUUUUGAAACUACAAUGGAACUUUUAAAGUUAAUGAUGUAUAAAAGUGAAUUUUUAAGUAGUUGCAAGAGUGAAGAGCGGGUUCCGCCAAUCAAUUUGGAUCAGUUACCAGUGUUUUUGCUCUCUACCAUUCCGAAAUGCGGAGGCUGUCAUGAGCUGAUACUGGAUCGAUUUAUUCUAAAAGUUCUUGAAAGGACGUGGCAUGCGCAAUGUUUACAAUGUAGUGAGUGUAGAGCCCAACUCAACGACAAAUGCUUUGCUCGAAAUGGCCAAUUAUUUUGUAAAGAUGACUUUUUUAAAAGAUAUGGAACUAAAUGUUCAGCAUGUGAUCUGGGUAUACCACCUACACAAGUCGUCCGGAGGGCACAGGAUAAUGUUUACCACCUUCAAUGUUUUCUUUGUGUUAUGUGCUCGAGGACAUUAAAUACUGGUGAUGAAUUUUACUUAAUGGAGGAUCGAAAGUUGGUUUGUAAACGUGAUUAUGAAGAAGCCAAAUCGAAAGGACUCUAUUUGGAAGGAUCACUGGAUGGAGAUCAACCAAAUAAGAGACCUCGCACCACUAUUACAGCAAAACAAUUAGAAACACUUAAAAAUGCCUACAACAGUAGUCCGAAACCUGCCCGCCACGUACGAGAACAACUAUCUCAGGAUACCGGCCUUGACAUGAGGGUUGUGCAAGUUUGGUUCCAAAAUAGGAGAGCAAAAGAAAAACGACUGAAAAAGGAUGCGGGUCGUACUAGAUGGAGUCAAUAUUUCCGAUCGAUGAAGGGUGGUGGUUCCCCGCGAACUGACAAGUUUCUAGAUAAAGACGAGUUAAAAGUGGAUUACGAUAGUUUUAGUCACAACGAUCAAAGUAAUGACAGCUAUAGUACCGUUAAUCUAGGACUUGAAGAAGGUGCUUCUCCACACAGUGUAAGAGGUUCAUACACUCGUGGAAGCGGAAGUCCACACAUCUAUCCACCCAACCACUCACCUCCAGCAAUUGGAUCUGGGCAUUCUUUUGGAUCAUAUUCAGACAACAUUGUUUAUACGCAUUUAGGUCAUUCUGUGAAUUCAGCAGCAAAAACUUCUGGAAAUCUUCAUGUGAUUCCUGCAAGUGGUAUAUCAGAUUUGAGUAAUGACUCCAGUCCAGCACAAGGUUAUCCCGAUUUUCCUCCUAGUCCUGACUCAUGGCUGGGUGAUUCAACUAGUGCCAAUGCAAAUUCAUCAACACCCGCUGUGCAAUACUGAUAUACAACUAUAAUGGCAAUGCUUAAAGUCUCACGCACUAGCCUAUCCUCAUCUCGAUCAUGUAGCAUGUAGAUUACCUAAUAUGGACAUUGAUCUUUGACUUUCUUUUUGGGGAAAUUUCUCGAAAAUUAUUUAAGAAUUACAACAUUUAAUUUUAUCAUUGAAGGAGAUUUAUGAUAAUGAAAUUAUAGAUAUAAUUGAGUGUUUUAUCUUUUACCUGUUGACAAACUUUUGUAAGCUAAAAAGUUCUAAUCAAUACUCUUUAAUCCUUUUCAUAACAAUAGCAUAGACAUUCUGAUUCUAAUUAUCGACUUUUACAAAGUUUUCUUUUAUUAUUAUUAUUUUUUAGUAUAUGCAUUUCAAAACCUUCAAAUCUUCAUACAGUUUUCAAGUUAAGAAACAUUUAUCUCCUUCCAAAUAUUUGUGAUUUAUGGAAUUCAAACACCUUGUGUUCUCAUUCUCGAUCGUUGAAGUACAUUAUGUGUGAAUAGUAAAAAUAAUUGUAGCGUACAAAUAAUAAUUUAUUUUUGUGUUUAAAACAAAACAAAAAAUUAAUUUUGAUUUGUCUUUACAAAUGUUAAGAUUAAAUCUAGUUCCUUUUUAAGUGUUAAACAUAAUUAAGCCGUUUAUGGUUUAUUGGUCAUACAAAUCUGUAAGAAAACAAAUAAAAUAGUUGUAUAAGAACUAUUACUUAAAGUAGGUAUACAAAAUAACAAGUUUUGCUUUAAAUUAACAUUAGGUACAUUAAGAAAGAAAGAAUGAAUGCAUGUAUAUUUAUUAAAAAACAAAAAACCAAAUAAACUAAAAUAAUUAAAACCACUGUGACAUAAAACUAAUG